CAAAAAGAAAACGCUAUUAAAUACAGUUUUGUUAAGUGCGAUUAUCAAAGUUUUGAGUUGGUCCCAGCCUAUGUGUAAGUUAGGGAUUUCAUGAAGUGUGUUCUCUGCUGUUUCGAAUUCGGUUGAAAGUUGCAGGGAACUCUGAAAUAAAUGACUGUAAACCAUGUAUUGCAAUUUAAAUUUUAUCCUGAAAAGAGUAUCUUAAUUUUAUCACAAAAAUACACGUCGUGGUAGAAAUGUAAAAUAUGCUUUAAAUACUAAAGAGGUCCUAUUGGUGUCUAUAAAACCUGAUGUGUGUCUUUAUAGAAAUGUGAAUUACUAGUGUGACUUUCACAUUUCAUAAUGUGAAGCAGGAGAACGUACACACUGUAUACCUAGCACACGGCUGGGUAAGUAGGGCCUCAUAGCUUUACAUUCAUCCUUGAUAUAUAGGCUACAUGUAACAUCGGGUAUUGUUUCCUUACAUUUUUAAUGUUAUGAUCCCUACUUAUUUGGAUUUAAGGCCACUAAGAUAAUGACUAGGCACUAUAUGACCUACUGUUAGAUAUAUAACUGACACGCGAAAAAACUUACACGUUUUAUAACGUACACGCGAAAUAACCGCCUGCAUUUAGCCGGAUCCAUUAUAUUUAAAUGUACUUUUUGUGCUAAUUUCCACUGCUAUAAUCUCCUCCAGUGGUUCUGCAGGUAACCAUUGGAUGCCAUAGUCACAAGGAUAAGUCACGUGAACAAACUAGGUUAGUCCUGAGGAAAAUGGGGUUUGGUGUAAAUCUGGGGUGCAAUGCUGUCAUUUAUAUACCUCGUAAAAAGGACAGCGAAGAGUCCCGGCCAACAAAUCACCGGCCAAAAUUAUGAGUUCUUAUUAUGUGAAUUCUCUUUUUAGCAAAUAUACUGCGGGGACUUCCCUUUUUCAAAAUGUAGACCCGACUUCUUCCUCUUUCACAUCCAGCACGCAGAGAUCCGGGUAUGCACCGGGGACUGGAGCCUUUUCUUCCUGCUUGCCUGGUUUGUACAAUGUGAAUAAUGCAAUCUACCAGAACCACUCUGUGUUCACGUCUGGGUAUAACCUAGGCUCAGAAGCCUACAACCUCCACUGCAACUCCCUCGAUCAGAACAUUCCUGUUCUGUACAAUGAGGCGAGCAAACCCAAUUGCGAAAGAACGGAUCCUGCUACCCUCAACCCCCGAUGUGAAGGACAUUUCCAGAUGUAUCCGUGGAUGAGAACUUCAGGUGGUGAUAGAAAGCGUGGGAGACAGACUUACACUCGGUACCAGACACUGGAGCUCGAGAAAGAGUUCCACUUCAGCCGCUAUCUGACGCGCAGGAGGCGGGUUGAGAUCGCUCAUGCCCUGUGCCUCACAGAGAGGCAAAUCAAAAUCUGGUUUCAGAACAGAAGGAUGAAAUGGAAGAAAGAACACAAUGAUGAGAGCCCCAGCACAGCAACGACAGCAACAACUGAAGUGAAAGACGAAGAGGAGGGAUCAUAAAAAAAAAAAAGAAUCGUAUCUGAAUAAUAAUAAC